CUUAACCUCUACUGAGAGAGAGAGAGAGAGAGAGAGAGAGAGAGGGUGGUCAAGGGUUUUAGGUGAGAAAAAGAGCAGAGAUUGAGAGAGAGACAGAUGCUGAAAAUUCAAUACCAUGCUAUUUAUUCCAAAAGUUCAACUUGAUGGCUUCUAUGUCAUUUCCCGGAAGAAUCCUUUAAUGGGUACCAGUUAGUUUUUAGAAUUGUUGUCAAACCACUUUGAGAUGUUAGGCGAAGAAGAGAAAAACAGGCUCGCCGGAAAUACCCGGAAAACGUAUUUGCGGUCGGUGUCGUGGUCUGACCGCUCACCCUCUAAACCUAACAAUCCAUAUCCAAGGCCACAGCUGAAUAGUAAAGCGAGGUCUUGCUUACCUCCACUUCAGCCCCUUUCAAUAGCUAGGAACACCGUUCAGGAGUGGCCAAGGGCGGGUUCUGAUGAUCUUGGGGUGUGGCCUCAACCCCAAACCCCAAGAGGAUCAGUUAAACCCCUUCCGAAUUCGAACCCAGAACAACCCGGGAGAGAAUUUGAGUUUAAGAAGGAUAAGCUUGCUUUUUUCGAUAAAGAAUGCUCGAGAAUUGCUGAUCAUAUAUACUUAGGAAGUGAUGCGGUGGCUAAGAACCGUGAGGUUUUGAGGAAGAACGGAAUCACCCAUGUGCUCAAUUGUGUUGGGUUUGUUUCUCCCGAGUAUUUCAAGAAUGAUCUUGUGUACAAGACACUUUGGUUGAAAGAUAGCCCGUCGGAGGACAUUACAAGUAUACUCUAUGAUGUGUUUGAUUAUUUUGAAGAUGUUCGAAAACAAGGCGGGCGAGUUCUUGUGCAUUGUUGUCAGGGAGUGUCUCGGUCAACUUCUCUGGUCAUUGCAUACCUCAUGUGGAGAGAGGGCCAGAGCUUUGAAGAUGCAUUUCAGUAUGUGAAGGCCGCUCGAGGGGUGACUAACCCGAAUAUGGGUUUUGCUUGUCAACUCCUGCAGUGCCAGAAGAGGGUACAUGCUGUGCCUGCAAGCCCAAAUUCCAUGUUAAGGAUGUACCGGAUGGCUCCGCAUUCAUCAUAUGAUCCUCUUCAUCUCGUGCCAAAGACGUUAGGCCAUCCAGGUGCACAAGGACUUGACUCUCGUGGAGCAUUCGUUGUGCAUGUUCCAUCGGCUUUAUAUGUCUGGAUUGGAAAGGAUUGCAACACAAUGAUGUCAGAUAAUGCAAGGGCAGCUGCCUUUCAGGUCAUCCAGUAUGAGAGGGCAAAGGGUCCGAUUGUGGACAUCAAUGAAGGUGAAGAACCUUUGGAAUUUUGGGACGCUCUUUCCAGUGGGGUCUUAGCAGAAGAUCACAGCAAGACAGAUGUGAGAAAGGUAGAAACUUUAUCUUCUGGAGGCGAUAAGGUUGCUGCAUCUAGGUGUGUUCCGGUGGGUGAAAGGAAGGUUGUUGAAUAUGAUUUGGAUUUCGAAAUUUUCCAUAAGGCAAUUGCAGGUGGGGUUGUCCCACCGUUUUCAGUAUCUAAUACUGAAUCAGAAACUUGCCUUCCAGCCAGAGAAAAUGGAUGGGGUAGAUUGCGGCAAAAGUUUGCUAGCGGCCUUAUGAAAGAUUUGGUCACGUCUUCUGAGCUGAAUUGUAACACUAGCCCAUCCAGUGAUGAGUUGGAUAUGGUUGUGGAAACUCAUAAAGAAGCAGAAGACCCUGUUUCCCUGAUUGAGCCUUCAUCGCCAUUAUCAGCAUCACGCCACUUUCGUAGCUCACCUGAUUCCUUUGAAUGCUUUCCAAGUAGCAGCCCAUGUAGGAUACGAGAUACUUCUAGAGAAGUAGAAUGCUCUGUUCCUUUUACCGAGAAAUUAUCAUCACCUACAACUCAUUGUCGUUCACCGGAUUCUUUUUCUUGUUUUCCUGACAGCAGUCCUAAGUUCAGCUCCAAAUCCCCAACACUGUCCCCUUCAAACUCUGAUUACUCUAGUUCAUUUACCUUUUCACCAUCAUCUUCUAAUUGGUCGGACUUGUCAUGUUUGUCUUCUCAACAGCCUUCACCUUCUGGCUUGGAAUCUACGGAUCCAUCUUAUAUUAAGAAUAUUUCUUUGGCAGAUAACUCAAGCUUACUUUUCAAAAAAUCUCGUUCUUCACCUGAAGAGACAUUUUCUGCUAAUUUUACUUUGGAAGUGGCAAAUUCAUGUUUGCCAUGUAAAGGGAAUUCCCCCUCUCUCGCAGAGCGCAGAGGGAGUAAUCCUCCACCUCGAAUGUUGGUACCAUCAGUGGAUGAAUCGCCUGAAGUUCCGAGGAAUUUGGUACGAUCAUGGUCCUUCUCUUUACCUGACAUGGGUGAUGAUGCGAUGGACUCUGAUUGCAACCAAUCUGAAAAUGAGAGCAACAGAGAAGAGCAAAUGUUAGAUGUGGACAUUAGUAACCCUGAAAAGGAAUUGCAAUGUGAAAUGAUCAGCCACGCUGCAGAAGUGAUCAACCCAGUUUUGUACCGUAGGACACAGCUUCCUUGAUCGCAUGGGUUUGCCUAUGAAUGCCCCUGUACAGGCAUGUUUAAAGCAGAAAUUGGAAGGAUUUGGGUUCAUGAUCUUCCAAGCUAAUGAAGGAAUGUGGGAUGAAACAGUUGCAGAUUUUGCAGGGGGAGUUAGCAUCCCGGCAGUGUAAAGUGUUUCAUAUCUGCUUGUGCGAUGUUGUGGAGUGGUUACAGAAAAUAUGUACAGAGAACAAAUCAGCUUUGUGCUGAUAGGAAUUAUUACUACAUUUUUGUUUUCAAGGCAGAUUAAAUAUUGUCACAAUUGAAAUAAGUGAAUUAAGUAUAUUUGUUCCUCCUGUACAGCACCGAAGGUGUUGCCAUUUAGGUUGAAAUGAAAAUCAAACUCAUAUUUUAAGAUUGAAA